AUGUUCUUUAUUGAGAUCACAAUUUACCUGCUUGAUGGUGUUUCUGCACAUUGUUUUAUUGCUGAAGUUGUGAUUUGUAAUCGUCUACUAAAAUGGAAUCGCCACAUGUCUACUCCAAAAAUAUUAUCGAUUCGAAGUUCGCCGAUUCCAUCACCAAAGCAGAUGACUUCCAUCCUGAAACCAACGGGUAGCAUAAGGAAAGGCGACAAGCGAGUCACUAUGUGCGAAAGAGAGAGCAACCUAUCGCCAACAUUUAUCGAGAUUUUGAACGAGAAUCUUGCGCGGAAAUCUGGACCGCAUCAAUCUGCAAGUGGAAAGGACGAACGAAGUUGCAAAACCACAGCCUCUAGCAAUUGAUUCCAGCAAGCUGCCAUCUUCCUCUUGUCGCCAGCACGAAUCAUUUCGGAACAGCAGAUCACGCUGUUUUGUAGAAGUGGAAAAUUGCACAGGAUUCGAACAGUUUAUUUGUGGAGCGGAAUUCGAGGUCCCGGAACAUAUCAAGCCAGCACUGGAAGACAAAUGUUUCUAAAUGUGC